AGAACUAAUUUUUCCAAGUAGACUAAUGCAUAAACUUAAAAUACAACCAAUAUUGAAAAUUUUAGAUCUUUUUUCUUCUCUUCAUUCAAUCUUUCCGCCAUGCCCAUAUCCUCUUACCUAGGUAACCGCAGCAGAGUUGCUGGCGGCGGGUGGGCCCGCUCAUUCCUCCCUACAACCACCCCCACCACCCCAACUUCCAAAUCCAAACUUCCCCGGAAAACCCGCCGGCGAGCCCAAUUAAGAGACUUUAUAUGGGCCCACUACUUCACCAUCGGCUUAUCACUUUCCCUCCUCCUUUUCUUAGCUGCCCUUUUCCGGUUCGGUCCAUUUUCUCUCUCCACCCCUCGUUUUUCCCGGCGGUAUUCGACCACCAGGCCCAGAAAGCCUAAUCUUAGAAAACUCCCAUCUGCUUCUCUUAACGACGUCGUUUCAUCUGCUGCUUCUGUUGAUAUUACUACCAAAGAUCUGUAUGAAAAGAUUGAGUUUCUAGAUGUUGAUGGUGGGCCAUGGAAGCAAGGUUGGAGAGUUACUUAUAAAGGAAAUGAAUGGGAUAAUGAGAAAUUGAAGAUCUUUGUUGUUCCUCAUUCUCAUAAUGAUCCUGGCUGGAAAUUUACUGUUGAUGAGUAUUAUGAUCGUCAAUCUCGUCAUAUUCUUGAUACUAUCGUGGAGUCUCUAUCAAAGGAUCCACGACGCAAGUUUAUAUGGGAGGAGAUGUCAUACUUGGAGAGGUGGUGGAGGGAUUCUUCAGAGAGUAAAAGGGAAGCUUUUACAAAUUUAGUGAAGAAUGGACAACUAGAAAUUGUCGGCGGUGGUUGGGUAAUGAAUGACGAGGCUAAUUCACAUUAUUACGCUAUCAUCGAGCAGAUUACAGAGGGUAAUAUGUGGCUGAAUGAGACCAUUGGAGUGAUUCCUAGAAAUGCUUGGGCAAUUGAUCCUUUCGGAUAUUCUCCUACAAUGGCGUAUCUUCUCCGACGCAUGGGCUUUGAGAACAUGUUGAUACAACGAACCCAUUACGAGCUUAAAAAGGAGCUCGCCUUGCAUAAAAACUUGGAAUUCGUCUGGCGGCAGAGCUGGGAUUCUAUGGAAACUACCGAUAUUUUUGUGCAUAUGAUGCCCUUCUAUUCUUAUGAUGUUCCCCAUACUUGUGGGCCCGAGCCAGCAAUUUGUUGCCAAUUUGAUUUUGCUCGUAUGCGAGGUUUCAUUUACGAACUCUGCCCGUGGGGUCAGCAUCCCAUCGAGACCAAUCAAGAAAAUGUGCAGGAAAGGGUAGGAAAACUUUUGGAUCAGUAUCGAAAGAAAUCAACCUUGUACAGAACAAACACACUUCUGAUUCCCCUAGGAGACGACUUUCGUUACGUCAGCAUUGACGAAGCCGAGGCACAGUUCAGGAAUUACCAGAUGUUAUUUGAUUACAUUAAUUCCAAUCCUAGCUUAAACGCCGAGGCAAAGUUUGGCACUUUGGACGAUUACUUCCGAACCCUUCGGGAGGAAGCUGAGAGAGUGAACUAUUCACUUCCAGGCGAGGUCGGAUCUGGUGAGAUUGAAGGUUUUCCGUCUUUAUCCGGUGAUUUCUUUACUUAUUCCGAUCGGCAGCAAGAUUACUGGAGCGGGUACUAUGUUUCAAGGCCUUUCUUCAAGGCUGUUGAUCGUGUGUUGGAGCACACGCUUCGUGCCUCCGAAAUGUUGAUGGCACUGCUACUCGGCCGUUGUCAUAGAGCUCAGUGUGAGAAGUUGCCGACGAGUUAUGCACACAAGUUGACAGCUGCAAGGCGGAAUUUAGCUCUCUUUCAGCAUCAUGAUGGGGUGACGGGUACAGCCAAGAAUCACGUGGUUCGGGAUUAUGGAACACGAAUGCAUACAUCGUUGCAGGAUUUACAAAUUUUCAUGUCUAAAGCAAUCGAAGCGUUGCUAGGCAUUCGGUUUGAGAAAAAUGAGCAAAACCCAUCUCAAUUUGAGCCGGAACUUGUGAGAUCCAAAUACGAUGCCCAGCCGAUUCACAAGGGCAUUGUUGUUCAAGAAGGAUCUGCAAUAUCCGUGGUCAUUUUUAAUCCUCUGGCUCAAACGAGAAGCGAGAUUGUAAUGGUGAUUGUCGACAGGCCUGAUGUAAGUGUCUUGGACUCCAACUGGACAUGCGUUACGAGCCAGGUUUCUCCUGAAAUGCAGCAUCAGAAGGACCGAGUAUUCACAGGGAGGCAUCGUGUCCACUGGAAGGCUUCAAUUCCUGCUAUGGGGCUUCACAUGUAUUAUAUUGUCCAUGGAGCGGGACAUUGCGAGAAAGCAAAGUUGUCCAACUUGAAAAUUUCAUCGAAUUCCGACGACUUAUCUUGUCCGUCCCCAUAUUCUUGCUCGAAAAUCGAGGGGGAUGAGGUGGUAAUUCAGAAUCGUCACCGGACUCUUACAUUCAACGCGAAUACCGGGUUAUUGAACAAAGUUGCUAACACGGAUGGCUCCCUAACGAGUGUGGGCGAGGAGAUAAGCAUGUAUUCUAGUCAAGGAAGUGGGGCCUACCUGUUUAAGCCCGUGGGUGAUGCACAACCGUUUAUCGAAGCUGGUGGGCAGUUGGUGGUUAGCACAGGUUCCUUGAUGCAGGAAGUGUUUUCUUAUCCGAAGACUCGUUGGGACACCUCGCCAAUUUCUCACAGUACUCGAGUCUACGAUGGAGAAAAUACCAUCCAGGAGUUUAUCAUCGAAAAGGAGUAUCACAUUGAAUUUCUUGGUGAUCAGUUUGACGACAAGGAGUUGAUCGUUAGGUACAAGACUGAUAUCAAGAAUAAGAGAAUUUUCUUUUCUGAUUUAAACGGUUUUCAGAUGAGUCGGAGAGAAACGUAUGAUAAGAUUCCCGUGCAGGGAAAUUAUUACCCGAUGCCUUCUCUUGCAUUCAUGCAAGGAGUAGACGGUCGUCGUUUUACCAUUCACUCGCGUCAGUCUUUGGGUGUUGCUAGCCUUAAAAAUGGAUGGCUAGAGAUUAUGCUUGAUCGGCGUCUGCUGAGUGAUGAUGGACGUGGUCUAGGGCAAGGGGUGACCGACAACCGUCCAAUGACCAUAGUAUUUCACAUUCUUCCCGAGUCCAAUAUUUCUUCGGUACUCAACCCGAGCUCAAAUUCCCUUCCUCUAAACCCGUCAUUGUUAUCCCAUUGCAUUGGAUCGCACUUAAAUUAUCCUAUACACACUUUCAUCUCAAAGAAAGCACAAGAACUAGCCCCGCAACCACCCGUAACACGAUUCUUAACCCCUUUAGCCUCUUUGCCGUGUGAUUUGCAUAUUGUGGACUUCAAAGUUCCUCAGCCUUCGAAAUUUGUGUCCUCGGAGCAUUCGGUAGAAGACCCGAGAUUUGUUCUUCUCUUCCAAAGGUUGGGUUGGGAUUCGUCCUACUGUCGAACGGCUAGAUCUCGGUGCACAAAACUAGCCGACGAACCUGUUAAUCUUUUCAACUUGUUCAAAGACAUGGAUGUCAUGCACAUAAAAGCGUCAUCGUUGAAUCUCCUACACGAAGAUACCGAGAUGCUUGGUUAUACCGAGCUGUCUGGAGAUGUCGUUCAAGAGGGGCAUGUCGUCAUCCCUCCCAUGGAAAUACAGGCAUACAAGCUUGAGCUACGGCCUCACCGAGAAGCACGCUAACUAUUUCGUUUAUUCUCUUACAUUUUGCAGUUUUGACCCGAGACGAGCGCCCUUGAAACACUGCCGUCCCUCGUCAUACACCCAGCAGCGGGCCAGCGCUUAGGACUCCCGAUCAAAAAUGAUGUGCUGAUGCUGCCGGCUUCUCGGUCGUGUGGCAGAUAUGUGGGACCAUUGUGGUUUAUGAUUUACAGGUUUUUAUGUAGGAAGUUUGGUUAUGAGCAGACCAGUUGGAUAGUUUUCUGUAUUUAGAGAUGUAUAGGUUAGUUAUUGUAGAUUAAACAGUAAACAUUUGAUUUUAGCCUUACAAGGUGAUUAAAUUUCUUAUUUCUGCUGCUCUAAGAUGUUAAAUCUUACUGUCUAGCAUCGUCAUCAACCUAUUAUAAAUUUUAUAUGUUUUCAUUGUCAAGCAAUAUCAAUGAAACUUUUAAUUAUA